AGUACGCCGCAGCAGUGUUCAUGGCAGCAGUCGCCUUCGACACUGUUCAAAACAAACAUGUGAUUUAUUUCAGUUUGUAAAAUGGCAGGGAUUUUAUUUAGGUGCCUUUUUCUGUUUCACGCGGUGGUUUGCGGUUUCGCUGACGAUGUCAGCUACGUCAGCGGGUUUUAUUCCAACACGCCUCAGAGGUUGUCCAUGUACAGCUGGUUCGGGAACGCGCGCCUGUUCCGGUUCCGAGUUCCGGAAGGGGCGGAGCUUGUGCGCUGGUCGCUUAUAGUGAUGCGCGGUUCCGGGUUCAGCUGCGGAGACCAGAACAUCUCAGUGCACUUUCGGGCCGGAGCUCCGCCCGUCAUCAACCCCAUUAACACGGCGUUCCCGAACUCCACGGCCUUCUCUCUGGCCUAUAACCUGAGCGUGAGUGUGAGUCAGGGUCAGACCGCCAGCGUCACGCUGUUUAACGUCACGCAGCCUGAAGCUGGAGACUGGUUCAUCGCCGCGCAUCUACCUAAAGACGAUGGCAAGAUACAACAACAGGGGCUGCCGUCGUGUUCGUAUUCCUUACAGCCGCAGAUGUACGUGAGGAGAGCCGUGGACACGCCCAUCCUGCAGACCAACAUUCCACUCGCUCAGACACUCACUCAGCAACACGCUCAGUUCAGGGUUUUUGUUCCUGAGUUCUCCUCCAAGCUGGACGUCUUUAUCCAGUCGUGCUCUGUACAGACUGUUCCCGUGACCAAUUGCUCGCUGUCAAUCACGUUAGGCUCCGCCUCUUUGGGCCAGAGCUCAGCGAUUACGGCGAACUGCUCCGGGAACGAGCCGUGCUCUGCUUCUCUCUCCGAUCCGCCGUGGAACACCUGGGUGAGGGUUUCGGUGGAAAUCAGCCCAGCGAACGUGACGACGACUUUCAGCAUCUCGGCAAACUAUACAGCUGGCUGUAAACCCUCGAGCGUCCCUGGAGGUGUGAACGUCUCCUUUCCCCUGAGCAGCUCGUCUCUCAUCUCGUCCCCCAAAAACUCCUCCGGUGGCGUCUCUCUCUACUCUAACAGCUGCAUCCAGACCCCAGCUGUGUUACGGGAGGCGCAGGACGUCUUUUCAGUUCAGUUCACCAUCGCUAACGGCAGCGUAACCGCUCUGUCCCGUCUCCCCACCCUGCUGACCCUGGAGCUGGACUCUGCAGACAGCGGGGGGGUGCUAAUCCUCCAGCUCCACCUCAACACGACCUCCGUGAUUGGUCCAUUAGACAGUGUGAGGGCGUGUCUAACACCUUCUGCUCCUGUUCUUCAACUCAACACCACCAAGUCAUGUGAUGCAGCUUUCAUGAAGGGGUAUCCACUCCGAGUGAACAGUAAUGAAACGAAGGCGUUGUUGAGGAUUCCCUUUCCUAAAGCAGUGACCUGGUACCUCAGUCUGCAGAGCAUCUGUAAUAACAGUGGUGUUUUCAGUGUUGUGUGCAGUAACGUCUCGGCCGUGGUGAGCGUGUCGGCGAGUGUGAGCGCGUGUGUAGAUGACUGCGGUCCGUACGGAGACUGCAGGCUGCUGCGCACACAGAGCUACCUGUACGCUGCCUGUGUGUGUAAAGCAGGUUGGUUGGGAUGGAGCUGCUCAGACGGAUCGAGCGCUCUGUCGUUCUCUCGGCAGUUAGCCGCCGUGCUCCUGCUGACGCUCAGUAACCUGCUCUUCCUCCCUCCCAUCGUGGUGGCGCUGUACCGCGGCUACCACGCCGAGGCCACCGUCUACCUCUUCACCAUGUUCUUCUCCACCUUUUAUCAUGCGUGUGAUCAGCCCGGCGUGACGGUGCUCUGCAUCAUGGACUACGACACGCUGCAGUUCUGUGACUUCCUGGGCUCGGUGGUGGCCGUGUGGGUGACCAUCGUCUGCAUGGCGCGACUGCAGUACACGCUUAAAUACGUCUUCUUCUUGGGUGGGACACUCUUUAUUGCCAUGGCGAUGCAGCUGGACCGCAGAGGCUUGUGGAACCUUCUAGGUCCUGUGCUGUUUGCAUUAGUGAUCAUGCUGAGCGCCUGGAUUUACCGUGGCGUAAAGCGUCGUCAGUGUUAUCCGCCCUCCUGGAAGCGCUGGGUUUUCUUCCUGAUCCCCGGCAUCGUAUCGGCGCUCAUCGGGUUGUGCGUGUACGCCUUCGCUCAGACCGACAGUAACUACUACUACACACACUCUAUCUGGCACGUCAUGGUGGCCACCAGCGUGGUGUUCCUCCUGCCGUCGCGCGAGAAGAACACGCCGCCCUGGGGCUGGCCACACAAACUCUGUGGAUAUAAACUGUGUCUGAAUCAGAAGGAAGAGCUUCACACCAUCUCCUAAACACACACACACACACACACACACACACACACACACGUGUAAUGUGCAACGCAACAGCGAAUCAGAACGCACAUUAGACUGUGGAACACAACAUGACCUGAGAACAGAAAGGGGCGGUCCUUACAGACAAUCACGUGCUCGUUGCUGAUUGGACACGGUGUAUCACAUGACCCUCACAAGAUAAAAGAGUGCCACUUUUUCAGUCUGUUACCUAGUUACUGACGAGGACUUCUGAUUUCCACUCGACUCACGUUCACGUGUGUAAAGUAAACCAAUAAAUAAAAACGUUAUUUAUUUAAGUGUCAAAUAAAUGAAAGAAAGCGUACAUUCGUUUUUACUGGCAAAGGUACGACUGGUCCGUCGUGCUCUUAAACCCCACGCGUUAACUUCCAGGAAACAGUACAAGGUUUAAAGGAAUGUAGUAUGAACGCACUAAACGCAGCAGUAGAGUCGUUUAGGCUUGUUCAGAGCUGUGAAACAUUCUCCAGCCAAUCAGCAGCGAGCAUGCGAUGUGGAGUAAGGACCGCCCCUUUCCGUGUCCAUUUCAUGUCGAUGUGUUUGUGAUUGUUGUUGUUUUUGGUAUGGUGUAAUACAGGAAAGGUGUGACGUCACAACUCCCAGUCUACUCCCAGUCUACUCCCAGUCUACUCCCAGUCUACUCCCAGUCUACUUCCAGUCUACUCCCAGUUUAAUCCCAGUCUACUCCCAGUCUACUCCCAGUCUACUCCCAGUCUAUUCCCAGUCUAUUCCCAGUCUACUCCCAGUCUACUCCCAGUCUACUCCCAGUCUACUCCCAGUCUACUUCCAGUCUACUCCCAGUUUAAUCCCAGUCUACUCCCAGUCUACUCCCAGUCUACUCCCAGUCUACUCCCAGUCUACUCCCAGUCUACUCCCAGUUUAAUCCCAGUCUACUCCCAGUCUACUCCCAGUCUAUUCCCAGUCUAUUCCCAGUCUACUCCCAGUUUACUCCCAGUCUACUCCCAGUCUACUCCCAGUCUACUCCCAGUCUCAGACACACGGCCAGUAGCACUUCAUUCUCUUCUUUAUUACAGUGAUACCUUUACUGUGGCCAGUGUGAAUAUAAUUAUAUACACUACACACUAAUACAUGUGUGAUAUCUAUUCAGGAUCGGGAUUAAAUCAGGAGAAACACGAUGCAGCUUUAUUCCCCCUUUUUCUUAAAUAAAUAAAUAAAUAAAAACGGAAAAAUACUGGAUAAUGCACUUUUAUAAAUUGCACAUACAUUUUUGGUUGUGUGUGUAUUUGCUUAGACAGUGAGACUGUGUGUGUGUGUGUGUGUGUGUGUGUGUGUGUGUGUGUGUGUGUGUGUGUGUGUGUGUGAGAGAGAGACCUUUAUUCUUUGGUUUUCUUGAUUCUUUUAUGGUAUUUAUGGUUAUGAACCUGGUGUUAAGGCAUAUGGACUAUUAUGGAUGAUGGACCUCUUCAGCACUUCAUUGCAGUUUUACGUGUGUGUGUGUGUGUGUGUGCGUGUGUGUGUGUUCACACUCAAAUGUUGCGAUGGUAAGAACGUACCUAUGUGACUGUGUGACGAUUGAACAGUGGCCAGUAAGAGCCCGGGUUCUGCAGAGGGGAAUAUAAUGUGAUUUCAGUGUGAAUGAAAAAUGUUUGAUUAAUAAAAUAAAUUGUACUUUUUUGUUAAUUAGUUUGUCAUUUGCUUUGUAAGCAAACUCUGAUCUAGUCCUAAUAAAGUGAUUAUUAAUUACG